AUGAUUCAAGAAGAGACAAUUUACACUAAAUGGAAUGUGGUUAAGGAUGCUAUAAAAACAGUAACAGACACAGUAAUAGGCAAACAAAAGAGAACAAGGAAACCGUGGUUCAACAACUCCUGCAAAGAAGCAUUUAGUAGAAGGAAAGAAGUCAAAAAUCAAUUGCUCAACGAUCCUACUAAUAAAGAGAAAGUGAUGACAAACAAAAAAUGCACUAUCCCCAAACAACAUAUUGAGUUAGAAGGAUAUACAUUUAGGAGAGUUUCACAAUUUAAAUAUCUGGGAUCGAUUAUCACUCAAGAUAAUGAACUUAAGACAGAGGUGUCGUCGAGAAUACAAUUAGCUAAUAAGGGAUACUGCGGAUUAAAAAAAGUACUAAAAUCUAGGACCAUCUCUAAAAAUUUAAAAAUAAGAAUGUAUACGAUAUUAUUGCGACCGAUAUUCCCGUACGGUUCUGAGACGUGGGCAUUAAAAAAAUCUGAAGAAAAAAGACAAGGGGUAUUUGAGAGGAAAGUUUUAAGAAAAAUAUAUGGAGCAGUCUUUGAUAGUGAAACGAAUGAAUGGAGAAAAUUGCAUAAUUAUGAACUCCAAAUGCAGUUUCAAAGAUCUGAUAUAGUUAAAGAGAUCACAAAAAGAAGACUCAUGUGGGUGGGGAGGGGAAUGCUUGCGUAA